AUGGAAAAGAAGUUACAACAAAAUAUUAACAAUUUUAGACAUCAUCUCAAAGUGAAAAAACAUAAGUUCCAGAGGGAUUUCAAAGACUUCAAAAGUGGUAAAAUCUUUAGGCAAACUAAUAAUCACCCGAAACACCGUAAUAACUAUCGGGGCUCCUUGUCUGGCGAGACAGACUGGUCCGAUCAGGACCUGCCACCUCAAACCAGACGGAGAUCUCAGUUUAAACGAAACCCUGAUCAAACAGAACGUAACCCUCACAUCACAAAUAACAAAAGCAUUUUUAAAAAUUCAGACAAAACGGUGUCUUUUCUUGAUAUUCCAAUACCUGUGGAUACUGAUAAACCUUACGGCCCCACUAUCCCCCUGCCGAACCCUUUUUUUAGAACAGGAUCAACCCCGACAACAACGGGGUCGAUUGAGAGACAGGGAUCGGUGGGCAUACAAGAACCAGAGUCGCCCUCAGAGACAGUAACCUCUAAUAAAAUAAUAAACCUAUCAGAUUUUUCAUUAUCUAAACAUCAUAUCACUUUGCUCAACAAAGGUUUAUCCUUUGUACCUACUCCUACCUACAAUAUGUUUAACUGGUCUAAAGACCUCAAUCUCUUUGGUCGUAAAUUGCCUCUUAACAUCCUACAUGCCAAAAAAGAUCAAUUAAUGGCCAAUGAAAUGGGCCUUUCGGUACAGGACUAUGAGCUUUCCAAAACUUUGGAUAGCCUCCUUGCUGAAAACUACUUGUCCAGACCCUUAACUGAUUUCAAGCCACCAAGUUAUUUUACUCCUAAUUUUUUAUAG